AUGGGUCUUCAAAGAUUCUCUUGUUUUGUGGUUCUGGUUUUUCUUUCGAGUGUAGCUGUGUUUUGUUAUGGUAGCAGAACCAGUUCAUUCGUCAGAAAGAUUGUGAAUGCUGUGGAUAUGCCACUUGAUAGCGAUGUGUUCGCAGUUCCUCCUGGCUAUAAUGCUCCUCAACAGGUUCAUAUAACACAAGGUGAUUAUGUGGGGAAGGCAGUGAUUGUUUCUUGGGUGACUGAGGAUGAACCAGGAUUAAGUGUCGUGCGUUACUGGAAAGAGAACAGCAGGGAGAAUAAGAGGCUGGCUGAAGGAGAAUUUGUUACUUACAGAUUUUCCAAUUACUCCUCUGGAUUUAUUCAUCACUGCACUAUAAAAGAUUUGGAGUACAGUGCCAAAUAUUACUAUGAGGUUGGAAUUGGGAAUACCACACGACAAUUCUGGUUUAGGACGCCUCCUGAAGUUGGUCCUGAUGUGCCAUACACAUUUGGUCUCAUAGGGGACCUUGGUCAGACGUUUGAUUCAAACAGGACGCUAACUCACUAUGAAAUGAACCCCAGAAAAGGGCAAGCUUUGCUCUAUGUGGGAGACCUCUCUUAUGCAGAUAAUUAUCCAAAUCAUGAUAAUGUGAGGUGGGAUACCUGGGGAAGGUUUGUAGAAAGAAGUGUUGCUUAUCAACCUUGGAUAUGGACUGCUGGGAACCAUGAACUUGAUUUUGCUCCAGGAAUUGGAGAAACCGAGCCUUUCAAGCCUUAUACUCAUCGAUAUCGCGUUCCUUACAGAGCAUCACAGAGUACUCAACCCUUCUGGUAUUCUAUUAAGAGAGCUUCGGCACAUAUCAUUGUCUUGGCUUCAUACUCAGCAUAUGGAACAUAUACUCCUCAGUAUCAAUGGCUUGAGGAGGAGCUAGCAAAAGUUAACAGGACAGAGACACCCUGGUUGAUUGUUCUUGUGCACACGCCGUGGUAUAAUAGCUAUAGUUAUCACUUCAUGGAAGGGGAAACCAUGAGAGUAAUGUUUGAGCCAUGGUUUGUGAAGUACAAGGUUGAUGUUGUGUUUUCUGGUCAUGUUCAUGCCUAUGAACGAUCUGAACGUGUAUCUAAUAUUGCAUACAAUAUUGUGAAUGGUCGAUGUACUCCUGUGAAAGAUCUAUCAGCUCCUGUGUAUAUAACCAUUGGUGAUGGGGGGAAUAUUGAAGGCCUAGCAAACAACAUGACAGAACCACAACCAGAAUACUCGGCACACCGGGAAGCGAGUUAUGGACAUGGCAUUUUUGAGAUAGAGAACAGAACACAUGCUUACUUCAGUUGGCACAGAAAUGAAGAUGGAUUUGCAGUAGAGGCUGAUUCAAUGUGGUUUUUGAACAGAUUAUGGCACCCUCUUGAUGACUCCACAACUCACUUCUCAGCUUAA